AUGAACAACGAGCUGCCAAGUCAUUCUUCUGCCAUUGAGGAGAAGCUUGAACGGCACCGAUCACACCCUUCCGCUUGGACACGUCCUCUCCUUCUUCCCAUUCCCGGUGUUAGAACACGGCGGCUGCGUAUUUUAGUGCCUAAUGCUGGUCCGUUCAACCCUCUCCAUGCCGCGCGUUUCAGGAGGAGGCGAGGGCCACUGCUUGUCGGUCUUGCUUGCGUAGCCGUCUUCUUCACUGUCAUUUUAAUGUCGAAAAGCUUUGGAGGCUCAGAUUGGAGCGAACAAUACAGUUCGACAGGAGAACCGCCGACGCUCGUGUUUAGGCGUGAGGAUUUGCAGAGGAUAUGGAAGUGGGAGGUCGCGAGUGGACAUUAUCCCAGUCAUGACCCCAUACCUUUGCAAAUUGGAAUGACUGAGACCGUCGUUAACCCUGCUCUACCACCCCGGCCACCGAGCAUAAAACCCUCGCGAUACCGCUCCCCGGGCGCGGUCGACGUGGUUACGGAAACUCUUGGGUCAGGCGCCAACCGCGUAUACCUUGACAUUCAAAGUCAGCCCCCAAAUGUUGCAUAUCCUCCGCGGCCGGUACCUGGAAGUGUUGCAGACAUGGAUGAGAUUAUGAAGCACUGUCAUUUUUCACAAGGAAAGUAUGUACGAGAUUGCCUAGAAGUUCUCCGAAUUGGGGGCGGAUUGGACAACGGUGAACGCAUGAGACGGGACAACUUGGACGAUUGGAAGUACAUAUACCUCGAACAACCAAAUAAUUCUACAGCAACGAUUGUCAUCCCUCCUCGACAGCCCUCCGCCCAACGGCCAGCAGUAGCGAAAAAGAAGGGCGAGGUUGACCCUGACGAAGGCCUGGUCAAAAAACGUGGGGCAGAAUGGGAACCUCAGGUCGUUCUAUCCUCCCCACUCCGUCACCGACCUGCGUCAACGUUGCCUCAACCAUGCGAUCCAGAAAACCCCCGCGUAUACCAUAUGUUCUGGACUGGACCAUUCACCGAUAAGCCCUAUCUUGCCCUCAUGUCAUUCCUUUAUACCCAAAACACGGGCAUUCACCUGCGCGAUUGGCCUUCCGAUGCCAAAGUUUGCCGUCCUCAAUUUUGGAUGUGGAUCAACCCAGGCCCAGCUGCAGCGGUGCCCAACCCCUCGGCCGUCCGUGACAUGUUCACUAUGCUCAAGAAUAGCCCAUGGGCCGCACCGUUCCUCCAUCCUCGCUUCAAGGAUGUCAUUCAAUUCAAACUGUGGAACACCACUGAGCAGCUUGACGGCAUUCCCGAGAUCAAGGAUGAGUGGAGAGCAUUGCAGGAAAGCUUGUUCAACUCUGGCGGUCACAUCAUCAGCGUCAAGAAAAAGAAUGUUACUGCGACAAGUUCGGGCGCUGCAGCCAAUGCCACCUCAUCAACGGAUGAAGACGACCUGGAAAGCCGAUUAGGAUCCAAGUCGUCCUCUUCAUACGACAGACUCUCCGUCAUCCUCUCAGACAUGGCUCGUUUCGUCCUCUGCCAUCGAUUCGGAGGCAUAUAUCUCGAUGCUGAUACCAUCCUCCUUCGUGACUGGGAAGAACUGUGGGGCUGGAAGGGCGCUUUUGCCUACCGUUGGUCACGGUUGGAGAAAUAUAACACGGCAGUGCUGCGCAUGAACAAGAACUCUGCCUUGGGAACUUUCCUCUUCCGCACGGCGCUGAAGAACGGACUCGAUUUCCACCCUAUGACAGUGUCACGUUAUGCUGCUGAUGCCCAUCUUGAGGGUCUGCUUUUACGGCUUCCUGACGCGAUGUUUGAUUCCGCCUGGCUCAAUACCGAAAACUUCCAACGGGACCGACCACCACAACCUUAUUUCACCGAAUUUGGUGACUUCUUCGAUACCCCAGUACAAAAUAGUGCUGCACCCCAGGCUCUUGGAUUCCAUGGGUUCUUCCGGGGUGCUUAUUCAUACCACUUCCACAACUUUUGGUGGAAACCCUUUGACCCAGCUCGCAACUUCCCUGAUCUAGGCCCCCGUUUCAAGGACGGCGAGGACCAAGCCAAAGCAGCACUCAGGAGAGCUGCGUUGGCUGAGAAAGCUGCUGCUGCUGCUUCCUUGAGAGGGAAAACCGCAACGGACGAUGUUGUUUCACCGCUACAAGAUCUGCCAGUGUCUGUUGGUGACAAGCGAGAUUUGGACUGGUCGACGGUGCUUAAAAGGACAUUCGAAGCGUAUAUACGCGGGGAACGUCCGAAUAUGUAUGGAGAGUGGUUGGCGUGGUGA